UGCAGCUCCCUAGGUCUGUUAUGAUCUACGUUCACAUCAGACACGGAAGCCUUCGGAAUCCUCGACUGGACCGAUAGUAUACACAUUACCGCUUCUUGUUAUCGAAUUGUUCGCCAUGUCAAAGCAGAAGGAGGACGUAUUACUAAUGGUAAAACACGUUCGAUAUAAAAAGGUUGAUGGGACCCUCUACGUCAACUCGGGUCGCAUCGCUUGGCGCAACCAAACGUCUGAUAGCUUCAAAAUCAGUGCCGCCUUUGAGGAUGUUAGAGUGCAACGUAUCAGUCCCGAUCAGAAGGAGAAAGUUCAACUUCAAUUACUUAUGCACAGUGGCGAGUCAUUCACUUUUCAUUUCGCUGACCCUGGCGGUCGUGGAAAGCAGCUGGAAAUGCGUAACAGUGUUAAAGAGAUGUUACAGAGUCUGUUACCCAAAUUCAAAGAUAAGGCACACUCCGAACUGAAGGAGAAGUUUCGCCUCCUUGAAUCCAAUCCAGAAAUUCUGGCUUUGUACAAAGAACUUGUUGUGACGGGCAUUCUUACCUCUGAAGAGUUUUGGGCCAGGCCGCAAUUCUCUAAGGCCGCUCCUUAUGGUGGUGUCGAUACCGUGACAACAUCCUUCACCCCGCAGCAGAAAAGUAGCUCACGAGCACCGGUGAGUAUCGCAGACCACUCGCCAAGCUCGGCUCUUUCAUCUUCAGCUACUGCUGCCAACAUCACCGGGCAAAUUUCCCGCAGUUUUCAACUGGAAGACAAGCCACAACAAAUCGGUGUUCCUAGCUGCUUGCUCAGCGAUAUCAAACCGGAGACCGAUGGUGCCAAUGGAAUCAAGUACAACUUGACACAUGAUACUAUAGACGCCAUUUUUCGGGCCUAUCCAACUGUGCGUCAGCGUCACCGGGAACUGGUGCCCGAUAAGCUAUCUGAAGCUGAUUUCUGGAUCAAAUUUUUCCAGUCCCAUUAUUUCCAUCGUGACCGUAUUCAGCUUCCGAAAGAAGAUAUUUUCGCUGAAUGUGCCCAAUUGGAUGAGCGAUACCUUCAGAAUGAGCUGCGCCGUUCCCGUCGCUACCGGAUUACUGCCCAAAUGGAUUUCGACAAUCUAACUGAUCAUGACAUCGGUCCUGGGUACUCUAUGGACAUCGAUGACAUCCCGGUUUCUUCACCCUUAACGGAGUCUAAUAAACUCCCUUCCACUGCGACCAAUCCCAAGACAGCCCACUUGUCCGCUAAUCAAAUACUAAUGCGUCGAUUCAAUAAUCAUUCCAUUCUGGUGCUCAAGUCUUUAGGGUCUGACACUUCAACAGCACCACCGGUGGACGCAACCGACUCUUCCUCUCGACUGCAAGUCCCUGUCGGUGACUCGUCAUCCUCCACGCACCAGUCCAUUAAAGAGCGCAUCUAUGGUCCCGAGCUUACCAAAGACCCGGAACCGGAAUAUAUCCCGCUUGAUAUAGUUAAUGUGAACGAUUACAUGGAUGGCCCGUCCACAUCUGAUCCAGGAGCCAUCUCAUCGAUAUCCAGCUCUAACGCACCUUCCAGAUCUAGGCCUCAGGCCUAUUCUAAUACGCAACUAGAGGCCGCUGUACAACGGUGCAAAACGGCUAUGCAUGCGGCAUAUGAAUCAAACCGUAAGCCGCCUAAACCUUUUAUGGGGCCCUUGGACGCUCAAAUCGCUCUCGCUGAUGUAUCGUCUGGUGGAUGCCUGGUCGGCGGCAAGGGCGCGGAUGACCACAAAGCUGGACGCACGGAUCUACUAGACGGAACUGAUACAUCCGGUUGUCGCGGCCCCAUCGAUCAAACUUGCCCACUCCGUAGUUCUUCUACGACUUCCAUUGCCAAUCGCGAAUCGACGGAAGAGGUCGACCGAAGCCCGGCUUUGUUGAAUUCGGAACAGUUACGAGAACUAAACCUGCUCUAUGCCAGCGCGUCUGAAUUGCUGCGUCACUUUUGGGCAUGUUUCCCCGUAACAAAUCCGCAAUUGACAGAAAAGUUGGAACGAAUGGCAGCUAGUCUCACCCGAUUUCGAUCUACAAAACUUGCUCACUUUGCUGCCACGUGUGAUCAGUCUUUGUGUGGUAAAGGUGAUGUUUGUUUAUCCACAAGCGGCACCAGCUCUUCUACCAAUCGUAACGCAGUUGGUCCAACCUUACCUUAUCGUUCACGGGUGACAGGUCAUUUAGAGUGUAUGUUUGAUGCAGCGCAGCAGAAGUACGCUGAAUGGCGAACUAAGCGGAAACGAUGACUACCUGUAUUUGUCAUUGAGUACACUCUCUCCCUACAUCGCCUUUCACGGUCCAGUUUGCAUAUCUUGCGUUGUACAUAGAAGAGAUUUAUUCCGUCACAAUGGCAAUCUAUUUAAAUAAUCUGUUUUCUUC